AGCUUGAGUCACCGCAUCUCCUCAGCCAAGGCCAACAAUUGGCUUCUAAAACUGAUUCUAAUACCUCGAAAUAAAUAAGCGCAGCGAUCAUGAAGCCACGAAAUUGGAUUUUUAAAGGAUUUGCAAUCUUAGUCAUCCUUGCAGUUCUCAAUUUGGUCGUCCAGGCGGAAGGAAAAAACGGAACAGAACUAGAAAAGAAACGCGGCAGAUCCAGGUCGUAUGCUAAUAUCCUCUGCGACCCCGUAAAACUCAAGACCAAAAUUGAUGGGGGCGGUGGGAAAGGAAAUAAAAACAGCACGAAUAAGGGAAAAGGCAAAGCCUUCGGUCGACGUAAGGGAUCGAAAACUGACGUUCUGAAAAGGGUGCUUUCGGAGUGGGACAAGAUGACUGCUGCUGAUAAGAAGACGGUAGCAGAUGCCAUCAACGCUACGACUCUCAAGGACAUUCCGACAGCCACAUUGGUGAAGAUUCCAGUACUGUGUCUUGACCGGUUAACGCUGACUGGUAUAACCGACGCCCAGGUGGUUGAGAUUGCAAAGACUGAAACCUCGCUAUUUACAGCGAAGGACGGUGCCGAGCUUGUUGCCGACAAGGCCGCUUUGCUGACGAAGGCGUUGGCAGACAAGACUUUGGCCCCAGAAUACAAGAGCACGUUGGGGGAGGCGAUAGGCUCCGUGGAACUCAAGAAGAAGAUAGCCGAACUAGACUGUUCAUAUCUAACAGCAGCACUCCUAGAUGAGAAUAUUCUCAAAGCAGACAUAACGGAAUUCGAUACCAAAUUCUCCGAAAAAAAGUGCAAGUGGACCUCCAAAAGAAAUAUUGAAGAGACCAUAGAGAUUCGCAUCAAGCAGGCAGCGCUCACGAAGGAUAACAUCGAAGAUUGCGCCACCUUUUUGGCCCCCUUCUUGAACAAGCUGAAACUUGGUGAGUGCAAGAAGUUAUUCGACAAAGAGAAGCUGAAGGCAGCUCAAGCGACCUUCCUCGACAAGAUCAAAGGAGUUGAAUUCGGCAAGAGGAGCAGAUGCGCGGCUCACAUCAUGAAAUACAUCGCCGCACGUAGCUGGUUCGAUGAAACCAAGUUCAAAACCCUUGGUUCUCUCCUAAGGUACUACCCCGUUUCCGAACUAAAGACGAAGGAUUGCCAAAAGUAUCCGAUUUACGAGGGUCUGCCGUAUGGCAACGCGUUCAAAAAGGCAAGCUUCGAGUGCGCUGCUAAGGACCCCAUUGCGAAAAUUCCCUGGGCAAGUCUGGCAGACACGACGAAACUCAAGACAGAAGUCAAAGGUUAUAUUCUAACUGUUCAGACAGCAGAAUUGGCAAAGGUACCGGUAAAUAACCAGGCCGCUACUAUCUGUCAUGCCGAUGUUGUGUCGCUUUACCGAGAUUUGUUACCAUAUGGUGGAUAUGGACAGAGAAUGCUACUUGCAAAGGCUUGCAAGCUGGGCAGCUACGGCGACGUUACCAAGUUCAAAAAAGCCGAUUGCAUUGACCCGAAGAAAAUCGAAGAAUUAGUUGCAAUUUACAAACGUUCAAGCUUCGAGGUGGAAACUGUUGUAAAAUCAGAGAAGCUGGACGCUGAUGCCGACUGUGUAAUGGCGUUCCUGAAAAACAAAGAUUUGGUUUCCCUGGUCAGGAAAAAUGACAUCAGCAAGGCCGUCGCCGAUAAACUGGUACCGGAGGCCAGCACGAUGACCAUCUCAAAGCUAACGGCCAAGUGGAUAUUUGACGCAAUUACCAAGACGACUGCGAUUGACCAAUGGACAGGUGAUGACCUGGGGAAAUAUGCCCCGCUUGUUGCAGCGGGCUUGUCGACAGGAGACUACGGCAAGCUGAAGGUGUCAGGCGCAACCACUUGGUCCAAACUCUGUUCUCCACGCGUUGCUGCAAUGCUACCGGAAAGUACAAGAAAACUUAUUGUAGACCAAAUUCUGGACUCACUACGAGUAGAGAAUGAGACGCACCCUGUAUCUGUACUUACCGACGAUGACGUGGAGGCAUAUUCCGGAUGCCUUGGAGAUUUACCCCAAGACGAUAUUGAAAGUGCUUCAAAGGACGUCCAAAAGGCUUUCUGUGAAGUUAAUGGAGCAGCUUUGGCCAAAACAUGCCUAUUUGGGAAUAAGGCAAAGAGAGCCAGCAAUGUCAAAAUGUGUACAGCUGCUAUUAAGGGCGGUGCAGCAUGGACAGCAGAUGGCAUAGCCAGCAUGGGCGACUUUGCCUGCGAUCUCCCAAAAGCGGACGUUGAGGCGAUGGAUGACGCUGAGUUCACGACAGCCGUGGAAAGCUUCGGGAACUGUCGGCUGUUGUCGAAGACCACGAGAGAUGCCAUCUUAACCAAGGCGAAGGGAGCAAAAGUUUUUGGCACCCCGGAUACAUGGACGUCACAGACGAUAACUUCAUUAGGCAAUAACUUCGUCUACCUCCCUAAGGCUGAUCUUGAUAAAAUAGGAGACUGGCUUACAAUAGCCGUUGGAAUCCGUGCAAUUUCCGAAGGGUCCUCAACCGGUUACUUUAAGUCAAUGGAAACGUGCCUUGAGAAAUUGAAGGGUGCGACUGCAGUAGAUGAUCUAAAGAAAGCAAAGGCGGUUAUAUUUAGUGUAAUUUUGGAAAAGAUCCGCGCGCCAACAGUGUCCAUACCGAUCGGGCGUCGACGAAAGCGAGCAGGUGCGACAACAGCAGGUGAGAACACACGUCCAAAAAAACAACCUCUAUAUUUGGGCUCAACCAGAGGGCUCUGGUGGCUCUUUGUACCACUCAUGGAUAAUAAGUUGGUGAAGACAGAAUAA